GUGAAAUAUCACUUUUGACAGUUGUUGUGUUGAGUUGUGUCAAUUUCGACGUCCGACGAUUUACUUUGUAGAGGAAAGUAAUUUAAGAUCUACCUGUUCGUGUUUAUAUUGUAACUACGUUUUUUUUAUUGUAAACUGAACACAGAGUCAAGAUAUAGCUAACAAUAACACUAGACGAACAAAUCGACUGCUCGAGGUACUACAACUUGGAUUUAUUCAGUAACAGCUGUUGUAUAUCGUCCGUUUACAAGAAGGAUGUCGGCUCCUGGUUUAACUUCUGAAGCGCAGAUGCGCUACAUGCUGCAGUGGUUCGGAGAGUUCAGUGAGCUGCAGCGAGAAGACUUCCUGCCAGUGUUGGCUGCUGCCCGUGCUGACAAACCUCAGCAGCUUGCUGCCUUGAUGGCCACAAUAACAUGUGACGAUAAGCCUGUCAGCCUUUUCCAAUGUCGGAUAAAACUGUUCAAUACGUGGUUCCCGUUCUGGUCUGUUGAAGACCAAGACAGGCUUAUCAAGAGUGUCUCGGAAACUGAUCCUGAAUUUGGUCAAAAGCUUCAGGACCUUCUUACAAAUGGUCCACAAGUGAACGGAGACCAGAACGGUACGGGUGAAGUACAUUCACCCAUUCCUGAAGAAGAAAUAAAGACUGAAGAAAAUAACAUUGUAGCUGGAGAAAAUGGAGAAGCCGUUGUUGAGGAAGCACCCGUGGAGCCAGUGCUCCCGGAGAAUGUCGCUGUUGAAUGUGCAGCUGCAUCUUAAACAGAUGGUGUUUUUUUUAUAUUUAUAUUUUUAGUAUUAUUUUUUCUAAAAGAAUGAAAAUUGCCAAUCAUAGUACCUAUAGAUUUUAUGUCAUAAAAAAGCAUUGAACGUAUUGCAUUUUUUGCAAUUGGAUUUUUACUGUCUCAUGUUCUUGCUAAAAAGCUGUGUAAAAUUGUGAAAUCUGAUAGAAUUUAAUGUGACUGUAUUAACAGUAUUGUAAACAUUCCGUUAACAUCAUUCCAUGUGCGAAAUAUUUAUUGACUUUCAACUAGAUUUACUAACUCAUUAAAUUAUUGAGCUGUUAUAUAAAAGCUUUAUAUCCUGAUAUGGAAUCUCAUGUUUUCUAUUAUAAAUGACUUUCAUCUCAUUAUGCCUAUGUGCAGAUGUUUGUCUCCUAUUUUUGUAUUUAUAAUUAUAUUAUGUAAGAAUAUAAUUAGUUGUAAGCUAUGUUGUUGGGCGUCACAAACAUAAAAUGUCUGAUUCGAAUAUUAUGUAAUAUACAAAUUGUAUAUCAUUUACAUGAAGCUCUAGCAAAUUAUAUAUUAAUGUAACUUGUUUCUGCCAAAUUCGAUUCUGUGAACAAUUUCUAAAUUUCAUUAAUAUGUAAUGUAAUUCACUGAUUAGGGUAUUUAUCCGGCUAUUAAGAUAGCUUUGAUUCGGUAGAUGCUACCUAUGAAUAACUUCUAACACUCUAAUUUGAUUAGAUAUUUGUAUUACUAACUAGUAUCUAUAUUCGCGUUUAGGUAACAGGGGCAAGCCACGAUUUGACAAGCUUUUAGUUCAUCAACAUGCCCUGUACUACCUCAACAAAAUUUUAUCAAAACCAAAUAUGAAAGAUCUUGGGAUACUCCUAGGUAAUGAAGGAAGUACAAACAUAAUAAUACGUGCCAAGAUUUUAAUGAGUAGCUAUAUUUCAUUUGUAAGAAAAGUAUAUUUUCUCCUAUGUUCACAAAAAGUAAUAUAUUUCCGUAGUGGUAUUGUUUCAUGUUGGUCUGAAGUGUGAGUGAUAGAGCGGUGCUGGCGGGAGCCGGGCGUGACUAGAAGGAGGCCAUUUAUACAAAAUUAUUUACUUAAUACAAAUUUUAUUAUAGUCAUAA